AUGCCCGGCUUCGACUUCUCAAACUACAACCGCAAUGCGGCCCUCCACGCCCGAGGUGUCCCCCUCCCCAAGGCGACGAGCACAGGUACCACCAUCGUAGGAUGCAUAUUCGACGGCGGUGUUGUGAUUGCCGCCGAUACAAGAGCAACUUCCGGUCCCAUCGUCGCCGACAAGAACUGCGAAAAGCUGCACUACAUCGCUCCCCAGAUUUGGUGUGCAGGAGCCGGUACCGCCGCCGACACCGAGUUCACCACGGCAAUCAUAUCCUCCAACCUCGAGCUCCACGCCCUCUCCACGGGCCGCAAGCCCCGCGUCGUCACCUGCAUGACCAUGCUCAAGCAGCACCUCUUCCAGUACCAGGGCCACAUUGGUGCCUACCUCGUCGUCGCCGGCGUCGACCCCACGGGAACCCACCUCUUCACCGUCCACGCCCACGGUUCCACCGACAAGCUCCCCUACGUCACCAUGGGCUCCGGCUCCCUGGCCGCCAUGUCCGUCUUCGAGACCCAGUGGAAGCCGUCUCUGACCCAGGACGAGGCCGUCAAGCUCGCCAGCGACGCCAUCCAGGCCGGUAUCUUUAACGAUCUCGGCUCCGGAAGCAACGUCGACGUCGCCAUCAUCACAAAGGACAAGACCACCCUCAAGCGCGGCUUCGUCAAGCCCAACGAGCGUAGCGCUAAGCUCAAGAGCUACGCCUUCCAGAAGGGCACCACGGCCGUGCUCAACGAGAAGAUUAUCAAGAAGAACGAGAUUGGCCGCUACGUGAGCGUAACGGAGGUGCCGGCCGGUGAAGCGAUGGAGGUUGAUACCUAG